AGAGAAAACACUCUAUUUAAUCUCCAUAUACAUUUCAUAAAACUACCUUCUUCAAGCUUUAUGAUCACCACCCUCUUUACUUGUUUGAAACUACGUAAAGAUGGGGCUAAUUUUGAUAUCGAUUAUGAGUUUUUUGUCGGUGGUAUCAUCGGUUAAUGGUUAUUAUGUAACUCCAUGGAGCAACGCUCACGCCACCUUCUACGGUGGUGGUGACGCCUCAGGAACAAUGGGUGGAGCUUGUGGUUAUGGAAACUUGUAUAGCCAAGGAUAUGGCACAAAUACUGCUGCCUUAAGCACACCCUUGUUCAAUAAUGGGUUGAGUUGUGGAGCAUGUUAUGAGCUUAAAUGUGUCAAUGAUCCACAAUGGUGCCUACCCGGAACCAUUGUGGUCACUGCCACUAAUUUUUGUCCUCCCGGAGGUUGGUGUGACAAUAUUCAUUUUGAUCUCUCGGAGCCCAUUUUUCUUCACAUUGCUCAAUACCGAGCCGGAGUUGUGCCCGUUGCUUAUCGAAGGGUACCUUGUAGGAGAAGAGGUGGGAUUAGGUUCACAGUAAAUGGGCACUCCUACUUCAACCUGGUCCUAAUCACAAACGUAGGGGACGCAGGAGAUGUGCGAUCCGUGUUCAUAAAGGGAUCGAGAACAAGUUGGCAACCGAUGUCACGAAAUUGGGGCCAAAAUUGGCAAAGCAAUAGUUACCUCAAUGGACAAUCUUUAUCUUUUAAAGUUACCACAAGUGAUGGUAGAAGUGUAGUGUCGUACAAUGUGGCUCCUCCUAGUUGGUCUUUUGGGCAGACCUUCACCGGAGGCCAGUUUCGUUAACUGAUUGAUGAUAUCGUAAUCAAACAUUUAGUUUGAUGGCAGUCGAGAUAACGAUCUUUUAAAGAGUAGUAUUAACAUUAAAUGCUAUGCGUUCGAAUCCUUCUUUUGGUUUUAUCAUCUUGGAAAGAGUCAAUAGGUCCCGAAUGAAGAUGAAGAAAUAAAUAAACAUAUGAAAAUGAUGUUCUAUAGCAAAUACGUAUACGAGUUUGAUGAGUAUAAUGUCGUAUCUUAUUCAUACAAAUUUCAUUUCCGGUUGUAUGGAGUAAUUUUAAAAUUCCUGGUCGGUGUAAUCAUAUCGUGCAAAAAUGAUAUAAGAAUGUGUUGCAGAUUCUUA